AUGCUCUCCAAGGCAACGUCGCAGAUGACGGUCGAGGCGCAGCUGUCGCAGGCCUACCACGAAAACAAGGCCGGGGACGAGAUCCUGGACUCCGGGUUGAAGGCGGGUCUCAAGAACAGAAUGAUCAACCUCAUAGCGCUCUGCGGGAUCAUCGGACCCGGGGUGUUCGUCGGAAUGGGCAGCGCGCUGGCGUCGGGCGGGCCCGUGGGGCUGCUCGCAGGGUUCGCCAUCGUGGGCAUCCUCGUGCUGUCGAUGAUGAACUCCAUCGGCGAGAUGAACGCCGCGUUCGACCAGAACUUCGCGAUCCUGGCGUCCAAAUACGUCUCCAAGGGCUUCGGGGCCACCGUCGCCGCCUACUACGUCAUCAUCUGGAUCACCAACAUCAUCGCGGAGUACACGUCGCUCACCUCGUCGCUCGAAACCUACUCGUCCACCGUGCCCACCUGGGGCUGGUACCUCAUCUUCUGGUUUGUCUUCACCAUGUUCCAGUGCCUCAACGUCUCCUGGUGGGGCGAGUGCGAGUACGUUCUCGGCUUCCUCAAGUUGGCCUUCCUCUCCGGCUUCUACCUCUUCGCCAUCAUCUACGCAGCAGGCGGCAUCCCCGGCCACAAGCCCGACAACCCCUUCAAAAACUACCCGCUCAAGUCCGGCUUCAAGGGCAUCGCCAACUCCUUUGUCUACGCCGGCGUCUUCUACGCCGGCAUCGAGGGCAUCUCCAUCGUCGCCGCAGAGGCCAGAAACCCCAGAAAGGCCAUCCCCACCGCUGUCAGAAGCACGGUCUUCCGGGUCUUCUUCGUCUACUUCGGCUUGUCCAUCUUCUACGGCAUCACCGUCCCCUACAACGACCCCAUGUUGAACGGCGCGGACAAGGUCAUGCGCUCCCCAAUGACGAUCGCCAUGACCGAAGCCGGCUGGCCCGGGUCCAAGUACUUUGUCACCACCAUGAUCUGGAUCACCUGUUUCUCCUCAAUCAACUCCGCCAUCUACUUCGGCUCCCGGGCCCUCUUCACCUGGUCUAAGGCCGGCUACGGCCCGAAGAUCUUCACCACCGUCAACAGCAGAGGUGUCCCUUACGUCGCCAUCCAUUUUGUGCACAUCUUUGGCUUUCUCUCCAUCCUCUCGUACUCCUCGGGCUCCUCCGUGGCAUACUCGUACAUCGUCUCCGUCUCCGGUGUUGCCUGCUUCAUGGUCUGGACCUCGAUAUCGAUCACCCACCUCAGGUUCAGGAAAGGCUGGGUCGCCCAGGGCUACUCCUUGGACGCUUUGCCUUAUAAGGCCAUGUUCUUUCCCUGGGUCAACUACGUCGCCAUCGUCAUCGGGGUCGUGCUCACGCUCGUCCAGAGCUGGUCCGCUUUCAAACCUUUUGACUACAAAACUUUUAUCGACGGCUACAUCAUGCUUCCAUUGUUCUUCAUCAUCUGGUUCUGCUAUGACAUGUUCUACUUCAAGUCCGGCUUUAUCAAAUGUUCCGAUAUGGACUUUGAGUCAGGCAAAAGACCCGACCUCGAUGACAUCGUCGGCGCAGAGCUCGACAACUACUGCGGUGAAAGCGUCCAGGCUGCUGAGUCCACAACUGAAAAGAUACAGUAG